AUGGGAAAUAAUUGUUGUGAAUGUUGUAUAAAGAAAAAUUAAAAAGAUAAUAACAAUGAUACAAACGAAAAGGAAAUUGAAUAGACAGUGGAUUAUAAAAUACAAAAAGGACCAACUCAUAUUAACGUUCUAUAUAAAAAUCUGCAGGCAAGUAAUUGCAUUGUAUAUGUAUCUUGUUGUGAUGAUAGAGGGAGAAACUCAUAAAACCAAUUACUAUAAAAAGUAUUUAGAUCAAUAAAGAUUAGAAUGAACAAGUUGCAGAAUAAUUGUAGAGAAAGACAAAUCAAUUAGGCCAACUUAGUGAAGUAAUAAUAGGGAAAGUCUUUUUUUUCUUUUUUGUAUUGCCAUUAUACUUGGGGGAAGAUCAGUAAGUCCUCCUAUUGAAACAACAAAUAAAACAGUUGGCAUAAAUUAUUAUAGACAAAAAUUUGACUGAAAUAGCAAUCGAAGAUAUCGGAGUUUAAAGAUUUGGCUAUCCACGACAAGUAAGUGUGACUUUAUUAUUAUAAGCUAGUUGCUAAAUUGAUAAUCGAAACAUUUGCCAGUCUAUUAAAUAAGAUGGUAAGCUUGAACAGGAUAGAUUUUAUGAUCAAUGACUUAAAAUCAAAAUCAAUGUUUGAAGAAGAAAUUCAAGCAAGAAGGGAACUGUUAAUAAAAGGCGAUUCCUUAUUGAAAAUUGAUCAGACAGAUGAGAAAUCGCUAAAACAGCCUUUGAUGGUUUGA